CCUCCAAGACUUUACCCUGAAGGGGCUUCUAUUUUUGAAAACAAAAGCAUUAAUACGAAUAGCCAUUUUUCUGAGAUCCCUCGACUUAGACAAGCAAUUGGAAUAGAUGUGUGGGAUAAUCUGAAGACGUAUCCUGUUGGAUUGAUUGCUAAACUGGCUGAGAGCAAAUUGGUGUGGUCUGGUAAGACCGUACAUUAUCUACUUUGUAGACAGCUGCGAGUCUAUAAGAAGGAGCUUUGGUCUCUCGUUGUUGAUCAACCUCUCAGGUUUAGCUUAAUAGAAUUUGGUGAGAUCACGGGUUUAAACACAAAUCCACUGCCAGAAGAAAGUUUUGAACCUGAUCCAGAGAAUUACAAAGCGUUGUGGGAGUUGUUGAAAGUGCCGCUUGGGUGCGGACCCAAGUUUGAUGAGCUUAUAGAAGCUUUAACGGAGUGUCAAUUCUAGAGUGCUGAUCAGCGGAAAUGGUAUGGGCUGUUGUUUCUUCAAGCCAUUGGACUUUAUGGCUUGCAUCAUAAUUGUAGAAUACCCUUUGUAAGUGCAAAAAGAGUAUUCGAUGAUGACGCCCUGAUGACUUAUCCUUGGGGUCGGACUGCCUAUGAAUUUCUUGUUGAUUCUAUCAAGUUGUUGCAUCCACAAGGAGGGUCGUACACCCUUAGCGGCUUCAAGGACGUGUUAUUGGUUUUGGCGUAUGAAUCUGUCACAGUGUUCGGAGAGCUUUAUGGCAGAAAAGUGAAUCCAGACGAAAUUCCGCUUUUGCGAUGGGGUGGAAGUCGUACUCGUGCAAGUCUUGCUACUACAAUAGCUAAGGAGAUGAAUGAUCAUGGAACGGUGCGUGUGAGGAAAAUGGUGAUGAAGGAGGGUCUAGAAGAGCUGUUUCCUCAGUGGAAGGAUGAAGCAGAUGACCCACAACUUGAUAACCUAAUUAAAGAUAUACAUGCAGAUAGGUUUGUUAGAGAUUUUUAUGUGCAAUCGAAUGAGAAGAACAAAAAAACGAAGGCUGGAGUUUCGUCAGAGGCUGAGCCACCCUCAAAGAAGCAGAAGAAAGGUAAGAAACAGAAGGAGGUGAAAAUCAAUGAGGGUGAAACUGCUGUUGUAGAGGAGAAGGAGAGUGCAAAAGAGAAGGGUCGUAGCGAAGCGGUUCUGCUGAACAUAGUUGCUCAUCUCGAGAAGUUGGACCGAAAAUUUGACUCGAGAUUAACAGAAUACGACACCAAGUUUGGAGAUUUUUCCCAAGGCCUUUUGGAUACCAUUGGAGAUACAGUGAAAACUACAGUUGAAGAGCGUCUGAGAGUUUUGGGGGUGUCCAAUAGUAGUCAACCUGAAGGUCAACACGUGAUGGUCUCAGAAGACAACCAACAGCCGGAGUCCAAUAGUGGUCAACCUGAUGGUCAAAACGUGAUGGUCUCAGAAGACAACCGACAGCCGGACUCCAAUAGUGGUCAACCUGCAUCUAAGACCCCUAUUGAUAAACAGUCCGAAGACAGCCAACCGCAAAAGACCCCUGAUAAAGGCCAAUCUGAGAAGAAUCUGGCAGAUGAUAUUGCUAAAGCUGAUGCGAAAGGUAUGGGAGCAAAGCUGAAUUCGAAGGUUGUCAGGGAUAAGGCUGCUGGGGUGAAAAAGAACUUGGAUUCGGCGUUUGGUAAUGCCGAUGCAACAAAUGCUGAUUUGGUCUCUGAUUCUCCUGGUAAGGAACCACCAUUCGGACGCGGUUGCAGGGGCUUAGGGAAAAGAAAUAACUUAGCGGCUGAUUUGGAGAGGAAUGAAGCUGAGUUAAAGAAGAAGCAGAAGCAAGAAGAAGCUGAGUUGAAGAGGAAGAAGAAGCAAGAAGAGGCUGAGUUAAAGAAGAAGCAGAAGAAAGAAGAGGCUGAGUUAAAGAAGAAAAAGAAGCAAGAAGAGGCUGAUUUAAAGAAGAAGAAGAAGCAAGAAGAGGCUGACUCAAAGAAGGAUAUUCCUGCUUCAAAAAGGACUCGCAGUGGUACAAUAAGAAUACCCAUUCCGACUAAGCAAAUUAAGAACACCAAGUAUUCAGACGAACUGUGGCCGGAAUCUGAUGUGGAGGAAGAUGAAAGGAAAAGGUGUGGAAGAAUAAAGGAGUAUCGGCUGAAAGCUGUUCAAUUAUCUCCAGAUGGGUCUCAAAUGAGUGCGGAAUUUGGUCCUUCUGUACCAUUUCCCCACAUCGGAGACAAUGUAACGUGCAUGAGAAAAGGUUUUGAACCUUCACCUGCAAUAUAUGAUCCCCUAGGACCUGUUGAUCCGGUUAAAAGGGAUAAUCUUUUGCAACACCUAAAGCCACACGAGUAAGGACUUUUGCACCAUUUCGUUGAUUUUAGCUAAUAAAAAGAUUUUGCAGAGACUGAGUUGUGUUAAAUUAUCAGGGAAAUUCCACAUGGAGAAGCUCACGAGGAUAUUGAGUUCUACAGAAUCCUCAUCACUCCAAGACCUUGGCCCAUCAAAGAAUAUGGAUGGCUGGUUCAAAAUGUAAGUAUGCAGCUGAGUUAUAUUUACUUUACGGCUAAGUUAUAAGUAUGGUACAGCUGAGUUAUAUAUUAUCUGUGCAGCAUAUUGCUUCGUAUAUUAGAGUCCUCAUUCAAAGGUCCAAACAAGAUCCCAGCCCAUUCUGGUCCAAGCGCGUUGCCUUUAUAGACUCUUGGUUCCUUGAAUCAUGGGUUCACGAUUAUAAGCAGUUCGAAGUCAAACCGGAAAUGGUCAAAUUCAAAGGAAGUGGUUACGAGAAGUUAGCAAACGGUUUGAUCCCCACAGACAUUCAGACAAAGUUGCGGUGGUUUACAGAUGUAGAUCACUUGUACGGAGUGGUUAAUACUGGCGGCAAUCAUUGGGUGGGUUUUCACGCGGAUCUGCAUAAAAUUCUUUGGGCCGCUUACUCGUAUGCUCCCUGCGAUUCUGAAUUCCCUUAUUCCUGAUGAUAUCCGAGUCCAUACCAAGAAAGAUUUUGUAUUCAGACGAAGAACAAAACGUAUUGUUCCACAAAACAACCUGAGAGGCGACUGUGGAGUGUAUUCAUUGAAGUUCGUCGAGUGUCUAGCGCUUAGUGUAGCUUUUGAUGGGAUAUCUGAUGAAAAUAUUCAAGGUCUGAGAAUGAAGAUGGCAGCAGAUGUCUUCAAUGAAGGAAGUUGUUGUAGUUUGGUAGGGUCGUUUGGCGAUGAAUGAAGAUGAGUUUUGUAUGACUUAUGGCUAGAUAUUUUGUACUUGACUUAAAGUUAUGAUUUGUUUAUCGUAACUCAGCCACCUUGUUUAAAUUACGCAGCCGUUACGUUAGAUAUAGCUCAGCCAAACCUCAAACCAUACCCUAAAAUAGGGAAAUAUUUAAUAAGUCAGCCGAUUCGUCUUCAUAAAACAGCCGUUUAGGUAGAUAUAGCUCAGCCAAACCUCAAACCAUACCCUAAGAUAGGAAAAUAUUUAAUAAGUCAGCCGAUUCGUCUUCAUAAAGCAGCCGUUAAGGUAGAUAAAAGUCAGCCAUACCUCAAACCAUACCCUGAAUUAAAAUAAUUGAUAUGUUUAUACUUAAAAAUGUUAUAACAUUCCCUAAUAAGUGAAUAUAUAAUCAACCGAACGUCUCUUAUUUAUUGAAUUAACGAGUUUAGAAUCGAUCAUGAUCUUGAGGUAUAUGUUGUCUUGCAGUUACUUAAAACCUUACAUGUAGAUAUAGAGUGUGAUCAUAAUACAACUCUCCUAAACUAUAUACAACGCAUUUUAAGACUAAAUUUAUGUUAUUUGUUAUAUUUAUCACACCGUUAUUCCAAAUCCUAAACAUAAAUCCCUAAAUAAACAAACCUAAACUCUAAAUACUAAACCCUAAACCCUAAAUCCCAAAUAUUAAAUCAGCCGUAAUAGGCUAUAUAAUUCGGCCGCCACGUUUGUUAAAUGUUGUCAUUUGGCGGAAAUAAGAUAAAUGAAUUUUGAGAAAUUUCAAUUCCCGCCGUUUCACGUUCUAUGUUUCUCUAUAUAUAGUGUCCUUUCUAAUACCCUUUCUUACGCCUUUAUCUCUCUAGAAAAAACCUAAACAAUAUCUCUCUAUCCCCAACAAAAGCCAUGCCGAUUGUUCCUGAAAAUUCAGAGAGGUUAGAGAACAGUGUUUUUGCGAUACUAAGCUCUGCAAAUCGUGAAAACCUCCCUGUUCUAUACCCUGGUCCGUGUGACUUGCUUGACACAACCAGCCCUACAUGGUUUAAAUUUUAAUUGAUCUCUCCCUGGUCAUCCCGACGAUUCUUGCAGAAGGAUGGGUUCAUGCAUGGCCGACAUACUGCGACAUUCCCGAUCAUUUUAAAGAACGCUGGUUUCUUCAACUCGCUGUAAGGCCCGACAUUUGUUCAUAUAUAUUAAUAUAUACCAUCGGUCUGUAAUCUUUGUAUUUUUUGUUUGCCGAAGCGGACAAACACAUGGGAUCGAAGGCAUCAUUUGACAGUUUGGCGUAAUUUUAAACUUGUGGCCAGAAGUCUAUUUCGUUGUCAGAUGCGCCAUUUGAGGUGGACUUGGUUGGAAGGAGGCGAGAAGCCAACUUGGAUGCUAACCAGCGUUUGGCUUGAUCUCUGCCACAUGUUUGAAGAGUCUGGUCCAGAUAAUUUUGGUUCCUGAAAAUCUUUUCGUGUCUGUAUUUUGAACUUCAUUAUUUCAGCCAUAACUUGUUUCAAUGAUUCAGCCGCAACUAGUUUGAAUGUAAUCUCGGCCACAUGUUUGAAGAGUCUGGUCCAGAUAAUUUUGGUUCCUGAAAGUCUUUUCGUGUCUGUAUUUUGAACUUCAUUAUUUCAGCCAUAACUUGUUUCAAUGAUUCAGCCGCAACUAGUUUGAAUGUAAUCUCGGCCACACAUUUUAUAUAAUUCAGCCAUAACUUGUUUCAAUAACUCAGCCGUAAUUAUAUUUUGAAACGCAUUAUUUCUGUUUGUGAAUGUUAUCUCGGCCACAUAUCUAAUAUAAAUAACUCAGUCAUCAUUGUAUUUAAAUAACCCAGCAUCGAUUUAAUUUUAAGAGGCGGUAUAUGGGAAGUUCCAUCAUUAUGCGCGUGGGAAAAUUUGGCUGCCAUGAUAAUAUCGAGACUCAUUAUUACGAGUUUUUAUAUAUAUGUUUCAUUUACAAUAUCGAGACACUGAUAUUAUAUUGUAUUUUAUAUAUUUAAUAGUAUUAUAUCUGUGAUGUCGUAUCUCUUCUUACAAAGUAAAACAAUUUUUAGUUUCCAAGGACUUUGAAAUCUAUUUUAACAAUGUCUUCCUCAUCCUUCACCUCAGGAAAUUAUUACAGACGACGUAGGAAUACGGAAAGAGGAACGCCGAAAGAGUGUUGGUGUGGUGCACCAUCUGACAUUUUUACAUCUGGAAGCGAAACAAAUCCAAGAAGAUUGUACUAUUGCUGUGCAAAAGGAUAUCAUAAGGUUAGUUCUGGUUCUUAUUUCCCAUGUUCGGAAACGUAAUACUUAGAUCUGGUUGCAUUGGUGAAAACAGAGUCAUUUAUUCAAAUGGGCGGAUGAGUGCUUCGUGGAAGAGGUUGAAGAUAUUAAGGCAGCGAUAAAUGGCAUGAAUAGAGACAUCUCGGAGUUGCGAGUUAACGUUGCUCGGUUGGCGAAUGGAGUAAAGACAGAAUCUGAGAGAAAAUGAGGCGAAUGUUUGAGUGAGAGUCGGUGUUUGAGGAAUGUGGUUGUUUGUGUGGCUGGAAUGGCGAUACUUUGCUGCUACUACUACUUCUCUGUUUAGUCAUGUUUUGUCAUCAUAAGUCAGCUUUCGCGUGUUAUGUAACUCAGUCUUUAUUAACUUUUAAGUUGUUUUAACUCAGUCGUAUGUAAACAAAACUAUGCGUUUAUUAAUAUAUAACUCAGCCGUUAAAUCAAAUUGAUAAAAGCGAGAAUGUUUUGUUACCUCUGGUAAAUGACAUAAAUAGCCUUUGGUUAGUUUUAUUUACUUUUAUGCUCAGAUAGUCUCAUCAACCAGUAACAUUGAUUGACCUAACAAUUAGAAAAAAAAAAACAUUGUCGGAAACGGAGAAGGAAC